AUGGCGCUUAAAAAUGUGAUUAUCAUUGGUGCAGGUGGCCACCUUGGUCCGUCGAUCUUGUCUGCCUUUCGUAACGAUCCUCGAUUCAAUGUCUCUGUGCUGAGCCGCCAAUCUUCCACGUCCACUUUUCCCGAGGAUGUCAAGGUGCACAGGGUAGGCGAUGACUAUCCCGACGAUGAAGUUCUUUCAGCCUUCAAGGGCCAGGAUGCUGUCGUCUCUACUAUAGCUACAGCAAGUGCCGGACAGCAAACUCGUCUAAUUGACCUUGCCAUCAAAGCUGGAGUCAAGCGAUUUAUUCCUUCUGAGUUUGGGAGCGACACUCGCCACCCCAAUGCGAUGGCCAUCUUACCUCAGUACUUUGGUGGCAAGAAUGCUUCGGUCGACUAUCUCAUAGAAAAAGAAAAGGAUGGCCUGACAUGGUCCUCGUUCGUGACGGGUCCCUUCUUUGAAUUGGCAAUGGCCGGCUUCAUGGGAUUUGAUAUUCCCAAUCGCAAAGCAAUCAUCUACAAUGACGGAGAAGGUUCCUGGUCGACCACAACCAUGCCUUCAAUUGGCCUGGCAGUAAAAAACUCAUUGCUUGAACCAGAGAAAACUGCCAACAGAUAUAUCUAUACUGCCUCGUUUACAGUGAAACAGAACGAUGUUCUCAAGGUGCUGGAAAAAAUAACCAAUAAAAAGUUUGAUGUCGACUACGUUGAUGCUGAAGCGCAAAAGGUAAUCGGAAUAGAAAAGGUCUCUAAGGGUGAUUUUAGUGGUGCAAUGUUGUUGAUUCGGUACAUCAAUUCCGUAAAUGGAAAUGGUGGUAACUAUGCACUGUACCACCCUACUGAUAAUGAGCUCUUGUCUUUACCUAAAGAAGACAUCGAAGAGGUGCUCACUAGAAUUGUUGAGAAAUGA